AUGACAACUUUGGCUCCAAAAGGUGCAGAGCAAAAGUAUUUUUAUUUAUUAUUUCUUUCAACCAUGAUGGAAAUAGAUAACCAAAGUAAUAAUAGUAAUAAUAAUAAUAAUAAUAAUAAUAGAUAUGUUUUAUUUGAAACGAGUAAAGGAGGAAUCAUAGUUGAAUUAUAUAGGGACAAGGCUAGAUUGUCAUGUGAAAGAUUUACAAAUCAGAUAGAGGUUGGGAGAUACCAAGAUACGAUCAUUCACAGAAUCGUCAAGAAUCUGUUUAUUCAAUGUGGGAGAUACUCUAUAAACUCUUCAUCAUUGGAUAACUCUUUGAUGAAUAAUAACGAUAGUAGUAGUAAUAGUAAUAAUGAUGAUAGUAUUACAAGUUUCACUUCUACCUCUACAACUACUUCAAUAUAUGAUAAUAAUAAUAAUAAUAAUAAUACUCAACCAACAAGUUUAAAUUCAAGUUCAACAAUAUUAAAUCAAUUAUAUGUUGAUAGUAGCGAUGAUGAUGAACUAGAACAAGAACAACAACAAGAUGAUAUAGUUUAUAUUAGUGAUAACAAGGAAUCAAAUUUAACAAACUCUAAAAAAGAAUCAUCAUCAUCAAAACAACAAGAAUUAUUGGAUAAAGAUCAAUUUAAAAGAUUAAUUAAAGAGAAUAAUGAUAAUGGAUUGAGUUUUAAUGAAAGAGGAUUGGUGGCUAUGGGAUCAUACAAUCAAAUUAUAUUCACAUUGGAUGCAUGCGGUGCAUUGAAUAGAAAGUAUCCAAUCAUUGGAAGAGUACAUCCAUCUACGAUGCAAAUGCUUUGCAUUCUCGAGUCAACCCCAACCAAUGAAUCCAACUGUCCAAUUGAUCCAAUCUUUUUGACCAAUAUCCAUUUUAUAUCCGAUGUUGAACCACAAGAAGAUACUCCUCCAUCCAUUCCUCCAACUCCUAAACUUCAAUCACCUCAAAUCUUACCUCCACCUUCUCGUGAAAGUUCAACAUCAUCCUACUCCUCUUCGUCGUUGACAUCACAACUUCCUCUUGAAACACCUAAAAAAAGAUCAGUUGAAUUUGAUUCAACUCCAAUCAUCAAGAGAUUAAAAACUAAAAUCAAAACUGGUCUUAUUCGUACUCCAUCAAGAAUAUUAGAUCAUCAACAUGCUUUAAUGACUUGUAAUCUUAAUCCAUCAUCAAUUAAUCCAUUAAAUCAAUCAAAUAUAAAACCAAUGGGAGGAAUGGCAAGAAGUAUGUCAAUGCCAUAUAUUAAUACACAAAAAGUAAAACUAAAAUGGCCAACAAGAUUGGUUAUUAUUAGACAUGGUCAAUCGGAACAAAAUGCAGCAUUGGAUGUUCUCGACAGUCAUACCUCUAGUAUUAGAGAUGCAGACAUUAAAUUAACCGAAGUUGGUAAAUGGCAAAGUAGAGAAACUGGUAAACAUUUGGCAAAGACUGAUCAAUUUGAUCUUUGUUUUGUUUCUCCUUAUAUUCGUGCCAUUCAAACUGCUGAAGAAAUUAUAAGUCAAUUACCUUAUAAAAUUAAAAUGUAUAAAGAUAAUUGGUUAAGAGAAAAAGAAUUUGGAAGAGGACAUGGAUUGGCAGAAAAUCAAUUUAAACAACAAUUUCCAGAAGAAUAUGAAAUUAGAAAAAGAGAUGGAAAGUAUUGGUAUCGAUUGGAAGGAGGAGAAAAUUAUCCCGAUGUUGAACUGAGAUGUCAUUGUUUUUUGGAAAAGCUGUCAAGAGAUUAUGCUGGUCGUAGUGUUUUAUUGGUGACCCAUCAAGUUCCCUACAAGAUGUUUAUGGGUUUAUUUCAUCAUCUAGAUGAGCAAGGCAUUUUAGGUCUCGAGGAGGUGUACAACUGUGGUAUGCAGGAAUACCUAGUUGACACUUCCAAAUCGGUAGAUGGUCGCAUGAAAUUAAAACAUUUCAACCUUAAAGCUUAUGAAAUGAAUCAGGUACCAUUGGAACUUAAAUAUAGUCCUAAUACCAAAGCUCAUGGAAAAUAA